AUGGCCAAUUUAGAAGAAGACUCAUCUCUAGAGUUCAAGAAAAUCGACAAUUUUCGCAAAGAUGAAGAGGAGAAAAUGGAUGUGUUGUGGGAGAAUUUGAACGACGAGUGCUCGAGAAAUAGUGAUUAUAAUGGCUGCCCUUCACCGGAGAAAGGGUUGCAAAUUAGCUGCCGGAAGCCGUUGAGACUGUUGACUGCCGGCGGGCAUAUUUUUUCCGGUAAGAAACCAAUCAUUUUCGUGUUCAUCAAAGUUGUGAAGAAGGUUUUGUCCAUGCAGAGUAGUACUCAUAGGAUCAAGAAGCAACAUGGUGAUUCCAGUAGAACUGCAAAGAGCCCAUUUUUGGAUCCAAACCCGCCUUACACGGAUCCCCUUACGGGCCAACCCAACAACCCGAGAUUCCUCCACUUGAGAAAAUUACGACGCCAGAAAAACUCGCCGGAAGUCGCCACUUCCGGCUCAACUAGUCGCCACGUCAUCACCGUACGUGGACUUUUGUAUCGUUAG